AUGACCCCGGAAACGCACGGGCAGGAGGUGGGGUGCUCCAAACUGGCAGAAGAACUGAAGACUCUGGACAUGGUUGUCUACAAGUCGAGGAACGGACAUCGGGGAUCAAAGGUGUUCAGGGAGCUUGUCCACCUAAAAAGACUCUGCCGUUCCUUUCUGCUGAAGAGGACUCGGAGCAAAAGGAACGAGGUUCUCAGAAUGGGGGAGAAGCUGUAUAUCCUGGCAACAUCAAACAUUCCAGACGGGUAUUUUGUCGGGUACACACUGAUUGUCCUGGGGCUGUGCUCCAGGAUUCAUUACUUAGUAAGCGAAGCUGAAUGUAUUGAGGAUGCUAAUGACAUUGACGAGAUGUUUGCGGAGAUUGAGUGA